AUGUCCUCUACCACCCCACAAGCAGGAAGUUCUUCUAAGAGAUCAACAUCUGGAAAUCGCAGACCCAUUUCCAGACCUACAACCCCUCUUCGUCCAUCCUCGAGAUCCUCGUUGCGCGAAUUCGGCAAAUCAAGUGUAGGAGGAGCGUCUGAUGCGCCUAUAGAGGCUUUCGAGCCUGCUUUUGCAGAGCUCUCGGAUUCGAUGGCAGAUUUGGAAGCAAAUUUUAUGCAUUUGCAGUUAAUGCAUGAGAGUCUGGCGCGAUUUAGUGAGAACUUUGCUAGCUUUCUGUAUGGCUUGAACAUGAAUGCGUUUUGUGUCGAUUUCCCAGAGGCGCCGAUACCUGAUUCCUUUCGACGGUCACGAGAGGAUGAUAACGAGUUAGGCAGAUCUACCAAUUCAGAGAGGUUCCGCGGUGAUAUUGACGGGGAGACAACCUUCAUGACCACCGAUACAUCCUUCGUCGACAACCCUCCUACAUCAUCAAAAGCUACCCCCAAGUUUUCUACUCCCGCCCCAGCAUCGCGGAUAGGUGGAGCCGGUCGAGGAGGUAUCCCUUCUGCUCGGGGUGGUGCUGCUCGAGGAGGCGUUAGAGGGACUCGUGGGAGUGGGCUGGCUAGAGCAGCAAAAGGUCGUGGUGUGAGAUAG